AUGAAACUUUAAGAAUUAGGAAGAUUAAAAUCUAUAAAUACUCAAAUAGAUUAAAUAUAGUUUCCUUAAUUAAAAUGUAAUUGUGAAAGCUCCUUAAUGAUAAAAAGUGACUAUUAAUUUUCAUUAUUUUUUUUGAAAGAUUGUAAUUUCUAAAUCGUAAAUGAAUCAGAUGCUUUGAAAAUAAUUAACAUAAAUUAAAAGAAAAUUAUUGUAUAUAGAAAGGAUGUAUGGAUGUCAAUAAAAUUUAAAUUAAUUGUUCAAAUCCAAAAGUCAAUUGUGAUGAGUAGUAAUACUUAGUGUUAUUUUAGUUUGA